GCUAACGGUAAUCGUGCGGGCUUCAUAAUUUAAGUCUCCCUCAAGGUCAUACUUUUGGGACUGUGCAAGCCAAUAUUGUUUUGACUGGUCGCCUUUCGGAAACUGAACUCCAGAACCAUGUUCUGGGAAUCUGCUGCUGCAUAUUCACAGAUCAAUGAUAUUUUAUCACGACCGAAUCUCACAAUCAAAGAACUUCUGGAUGAUGAUGAUGUUUUACAAAAAUGUCGUGAAAAAGAUCCACGUUUAAUUAAUUUUUUAUCAAGGUCAGAUAAUUUGGAUUAUCUAAUAGAUUUAGUUAGUCGAACACCUAAAUGUUCUAAUUUCAAUCGAGAUUUGUAUAGAUAUUCUAGUUUAGCCUGUGAAAUUCUAACAAAUGACAUCAAUGAAAUACUAGAUGGAAUAAUUGAAUUAACCGAAUCAACAAUUGAUCAACAUACCCCUAAUGAAUCACAUAAUAAUGGUAGUAAUAACAACAAUAAUCAUAAUAAUCACAUGUUAGAAUCCAAUCAGAUAAAGUCUAUACCAAUACCAUCCUCCUUCUCUUCACCUUUACCAUCCUCUUCAAUGAUUAUCAAUGAUCAUAGUUUGACAGAGAUCAAUAAUAAUAAUAAUGAUCAAAGUUGUAAUGAUAUGUUAAUAGUUGGCAAUAAUUCAUCAGAACUACACCAAAUAAAUCAUAAUCUUACUGAUCAUUAUUCGAAUGUCCAUGAUGAUGAUGGUACCAAUCAUUUAUCAUCUUCAAUGUCUAUUAUCAAUGAAUCAUCAUUUAUUAUCAAUGGUCAUCAUAGUAGUCAAUUAUUUGACAACAAUAAUCAUAAUAAUUCAGUAAAUGAUUUAAAUGAAAUCUUAUCAUCUAGUUUAAAACUUUCUCCACCAAUGUCAUUAUCAACACCUCAUUCAUCUACAAUCACAAAAAUAACUAAAUCAAAUGAGGCUAUUCAAGUUGAUUCAUCAACGACAACAUGUCGACGACGUUUAGAUUUAUUAUUGGAAUUUUUUCAUUAUUCUAAUCAACCAGUUAAUCCAUUGUCAGCUAGUUUUGUUUCACGUUUAUUAAUACAUUUAACAUUACAUCGUGGAAAUAUUAUUAUACCUUAUUUACGAUCAUCAAAUGAAUUUCUUGAUCAGUUAUUCUUAUCUUUGGAUUCUUCCUCUGUGGCCGAUUUAAUUAUACAAUUAUCUCAACAAGAAACAAAACAACAACAUAUUAUUUUUGAAUGGUUUAAGACCGAUCGACUUGUUGAACGUCUUAUUGAAAAAUUUGAUCCAAUCUAUUCGUCUGACGCACAUGAAUCGGCAGCUCAUUGUCUAAUUGAACUCAUCACUGUUCUACGCAAUUAUUUAGUGAAUAAUCCUCCAAAUUCAGAUAAUAGUGAUAUGAUAGUGAAUUCAAUGACAACUGCAACCACCACUACUAAUAAUGUUGGCGGUAGUAGUAUAUUUGGAUCACCGUUAAAUAGUACAUAUUCCAGUUUAUUUGAUAAAGAUGAAGAAACGUAUAAAGCAGCUGAAAAUUUACUAAAUGUAUUAGAAAGUGAAGAAACUAUGUCAAUGUUAUUAAAUCGUAUUACAGCUAAUGAAUAUGUCGUACCAUCUAUUUUAGUCAGUUGUGUAAAUGUAUGUAUUGCUUUAAUCGGUAAAAGGAAGCCUGAGUCAAGUUUUCCUGUUGGAGAAGAUGGACAUGGUUUAGAUUUUGAUGCAUUAAUUAAAUGUUCCGGUGAUAUUAGCAGUAAUUUGAAAUGUAUAUUACGUAAUAAUACUAAUCUGGGCAAUAAUCUCUCUUCUACUGUUGAUAAUGAUAUCAGUGAUCUUGUUGAAAAGUCUAAUCAAUUCAUUACUUCAUCAAAAGAUGAUAAUACUAAUACUAAUAAUAAUAAUACCGUUAUUGAUAAAUUACAUAUAAUGAAAGCUUCAGAAAAUCUAAUCAAAACAUCUCUACCACGUUUAAAUGAAUUGCAUGAUUUGUUGAAACGAUUUCAUCCACAAUUUUAUAAUUGUAUGCCAACAACUCAUUGUACAUUAAAUCCACCACUUGGACGUUGUCGUCUAGCUAUUCUACAAUUAAUUGCUUCACUUAUAUCAUUACCUAUAAGUACUAAUUUAUCUAAAGCAAUUGUAGAUAUUGGAUUUGUAAAAACUUCAAUGGAAUUAUUCGCCUUAUAUCCAUACAAUACAUUUUUACAUCAUUAUGUUACUGAUAUUAUAAAAUCAGUGUUUAAACAUUCAGGACUUGUCAACAAUAUGAAUGGUAAUCAUAAUUCCACUAAUAUAUCUGAUGAUAAUAAAACAAAUCAUUUCAUCAAUACAACUCCUAGUACUAUUACUGUUGAACUAUCUUCUAAUCAUGACAAUAAUCAAAUCACUGAAUCUUUAUCCCCUUCAAUAUCAUCAUCAUCAUCAGCUGAUUCAUCGACGAAUACUGCUACAACUGAUUCUGAUAAUGUAGUCAAUUCAACAAAUUCAUCUAAUACUAACCAACUUAAUCCAUAUGAUAAUGGUAGUGAUAUUAAUUUAAUUCAUCAAAAUGAGAAUGAAUAUAGUAGAAAUAUAUUAAUUAGUUUAAUAAAAGAUCAUCAACUUAUUGAUUGGUGUUUAACAUUAUCCCCUUUACCAUCAUUAAAUGAACGUCCGAAUGAUGAGGAUUCACCGAACUGCUUAGUUCGAUUAUCGAAACACCCUGUAAAAUCAGGUUAUUCAGGACAUAUCUGGCAAAUUGGUAACCUAAUCGUAGCAGCAAUGAAUGGUCCGUAUGGAGAGUUUUUAAAAUCUCUCAUUCAAGAUUUACAUCCGAACACUCAAAAACUAUGGUCAGAUUUUGUCAAAGAUCUCGAUGGGAUCAACUCUGUGCAAGUUGCUGAGACAUCUCAAUCUGCCAUUGAAAAUCUUAAUCAUUCUGAUGUCCCAUUUGUUCUGGCACCUGUUACAUCAUCAAAUUUAAUGCAAAACAAAUUAUUAGAUCUAAAUGGUAAAUCAUCAUCUUAUUUCUUAGAUGAUAUUGACAAUGAUAAACAUGGUGAAUAUGAUAAAAAUAAUCAUGAAUAUCUUGCUUAUCAUCCAGUGAUACCAGCAUCUACAAUAGUUAAUCUGCAUCGACAAACUAUUUUACAGAAUUUUAUGGAUUCAUGGUUAGAUCCAGAUGAAGAAUCUGAACAUAAUGAUAAUAGUAAUAGUAUUUAUGAUCAUAAUAAUAAUAAUCAAUCUGAAGAAAAAGAUCAAGUUAAAACACCUGAUAUCCAUAUUGGGGUUCCUGGACCUUUAGGAGAAAUGUAUUUUCAUAACAAUAUUGAUAGCGAUGAUGAUUUUUUCAAUGGUCGUGAUAAUGAAGAUGAUGAAAAGGAUGAGAAUGACGAAUUGGAAGAAGGCAAAGACAAUAUUCACAGUAGAGGUUAUUUUAACAUUGAAGAGGACGACGAUGACGAUGAUGAUGAAGAAGAUCUUAAGUCACCAAUUCAAAUUAAACAACAACAUUCCAGUAAACAAUCAAUCAUUAACACUAGUAGUUCAACACCUUUGCUGCAUAAUGAUUCAAAUAAAUUAACUGGAGUAUCUUAUGUAACAGCUCAUAAUAACGAAUCUUCUAUCAGCAUAAACAGUAAUGGCAAACUAUCUACAACAAUACCUACUCCUACGACUACCACUACUCAUACUACUACUACUAUUAUUAAUAGUAGUAUAUCAGGAGAUAUCGAAAUUAAAUUAUUGAAUAAUGAUGAAGAAACAGACCAAACCAAACAUAAUACUUCAUCUGAAUCAAUUGUAACAUUAUUAAAUGCAAAUUUUUUUAAAAAAGUUUUGAAAAGAAAAAGAAGAAAGAAGAAAAGAAAAGAGGACACAACAUGUGAACAUUGAUUACCUUACACAAUUUCAUCUGAUAUCGACAUGUGUCCAUGUAAAAAUGUGUUACGCAACACAUGAUGUUUUUCUUUGUUCUUUCUUCCUCAACAAGAAAGAAAACUAUAAAAUUCGACGAUGAUGACCACCGUCAUAAUUUCUGCUGGUGUCGCUGUUGUUAUUAUUAUGAUUAUUACUAUUCUAACAAAACCAGUUGCAAACAUUGAAAUCUGACUUACCCUAUCAUAUUUUGAUGUAUACAAAUGAAUGAACCUACUCAGAUACACCCUACUAGUUAUUUAAAUUGUUUAAAUUUUUAAACAUCCUCUCCUUUUCUCUCUUAGUCACUAUGUGUUACAUAAUUAUUUUUGUUUUUUUUCUUGUGUGUCUGUGUGUGUGUGUGUGGUUCAUUUAAAUGAUAAUGAUUCUCAUUUAUGUGUGUAGAUUUUGAUCAUCCCUUCCCCCUCUUUUGUUUUUCUAAACAAACUUCAUAAUCCAUUUAGUUUAACCGAUUGAUUCCAUUAAUAAGAUAAUCCAAAGGGGGGAAUAAAGUUGUAAACUAAGCUAAAAAUUUGUAUCUAGACCGUUUUUUUUUAUUCAUGGAUAUUAUUAUAAUUUGUAUAUCAUGAGUGAUGUUUUUAUUCAUUUUUCUUACUCUCUCUCUCUUUCUCUGAUAUUUAGACAUCAGUUUAAUUUAUUCGAUAAAGAUAAUGCGAAGGUAACUAGUAACUGUUUCUCCUUUUUUUUUUUCUUUACUUUCGUUUUAUUCAAUGUGCUACGUAGUGUAUGGUUGGUUUUAUAUAUAUAUUGAGUGCUGCAUAUUAUAUAGGGGUGAGGUGUGUGUGUGUGUUUGUGCAUUGAUUAUGUCAUCGAUGAAAUGUAUGUCUGUUAUAUAAUUUAUGAUAAAUAUACUGUAAUUAUAAAUUACUCAAUAACCAUGUAAAGAAUAACAAUAACAUUCAUAAUGAUAGGAAUUGUUACUUUUCGUUUGUGCCUACGUUCACAGGUAUAUAUAUACACACACACAGCAGUUCGUUCCGUCCUACUUUAUGGCAGUGAAACAUGGCCGGUAAGAGUAGAGGAUAUUCGUAGGUUACUAGUAUUCGAUCAUAGAUGUCUUUGAAACAUUGCUCGUAUAUCCUGGGACUAUCGAGUAAGUAAUGCAGUUGUUAGGAAAUGGGUACUAUGUAAGGAUGGCGAAUCAAUUGAUGAAGUAGUGAAACUUCAUCAGUUGAGAUGGCUGGGACACGUGUUACGUAUGCCCAACGACCGACUACCUCGACGUGCUAUGUUCAGUGGUAUAGGAGUAGGUUGGAAGAAAGCUAGAGGCGGCCAAACCAAAACAUGGCACAAGUCCAUGAAGUCACUGACAAGUGGACUGAGUCAUGUCGGUAGGUGUAGACUACCUGGUUGUGGACCGCGAGAUGAUAGCCACCGAUGGUUAGAGACCCUGAAUGACAUGGCUCAAAAUCGUUUGCAAUGGCACAGGUGAAUCCACUCUUUGUGUUCUCCCAGAUUCUAAUCUUUUGAAUUCUCGAUGUCCCUUUUUUCCUCUUUCUAAAUUUAUUUCACUGGAUUAUACUCUAUAAAUAACAUCUCCAAACCCUAAUCUUCCCGGUUACUGCUUAUACUCUUAUUACCUCUACCACUAUGGGAUUUGAAUCGACUGAUUCUGUAACAACAAUCACAUCCUCUGUGAACUGUUUCGAUAUUGUCUUUAAGAAUCACAAGCUUUAUACACAAAUAUAUAUAAUGGAUUUUGAGAUGGUGGAGAAGAUUUGUAGCUCAGAGAACAAAACUCCAUCAAAAUAUAUAAUGGAUUACUGAAUUGCAUUACUAGAGAUUAUCUCUCUUUGUUGAUAGAACAAAUAGUAUUAUUGAAUUCUUCUGUUCUUUCCUUUUUUUUCUUUAUUAUUAAAACAUCUAUCUAUAUACAAAUAAACUUGUUGUUGUCAGGGGACAUUUUAAAUAUUGGCAUAGUUACAAUCUAUUUAAAAAAUUACACCAAAAUCAAUGAAUUGUAACUAUGUCUAUAUCACCUUUUUUGUUGUUGUUGUAAAUAAAUGAAUUACGAAAAUCGAAAUUGUAAUUUAUCAUACAUCGAAAUAUAAUGGUCAAUGAUGUUC